GUCGCCGUGGAAGCCCGCGAGAAUCUUGUCGCGCUAGCCAGGUUGCAAGCCGAGCGAGGUGUUCGGUCCGGUCCGGUCCGGUUCCGUCGUUGGCCUUCGUCGCGGUUCGUCGUUGGCCUUCGUCGCGGGGCGCGGGGCGCGGGGCAGCGUGCCUCUUUUACUCCCUUCCUCCCUUCCGGUGAGCCAUGAGCCUAACGAGGGACUCGAGCGGCGCCGAUGGAGGCCAUGGAGGUGGACCCCCUCCAGCGCGACCCCCCCGUCCCCCCCGCCGCCCCUCUCGUCAUCGCCGACUCGGGCAGCAGCACUGAAGUGGAGGAGGACGACGGCGAAGGGGGAGCCCGGGCGGCGUUCCCCCCCGGACUUCCCGCCACCUGGGCUUUCAGUCAGAGGAGUGCGGGCCGAGGGGGCGCCGUCGCCUCCGGGCUGUCGCCGCCGCCCCCGCGGAGGCGGGUCAGGCAGGGCUUCCGGGUGCACUACUCCAGCCAGACGGCCGCGUCCUCCAGAACCUUCCCCGACUUCCUUCUGCGAGCCCCCGGAGCCGCCGUCGGGGCCGACCCGCCGUCCAGCGGCACCGAGUCCAGCGAGUCUGAGGAGGACGAGCGCGCCCGGGCCGCCCCGCCGGCUCCCCCUCGUCUCGACGGCGCCGACGAGAGCGGGGGGGCGCCCCGGCCCGCGACUCCGCCCCCCGGUCCAGACGGUCCGAGACGGGAAGAAGUAGGAGGAGAUAAUGGAGGUUCCGGCGUCCAGCGCCGUCGUCGUCUGAGUUUUGAGCCGGACGCGGCGGCCCAGAGCGAGGAGGCCGAAGGCGACACCUGCAGCAUCUGCUUCGAGGCGUGGACAGCGGCGGGAGACCAUCGCGUCGCCGCCCUGCGCUGCGGACAUCUUUUCGGAUUCACGUGCAUCCGCAAAUGGCUGACCUCGCAGCGCUCUGCUGCCAAAUGUCCGCAGUGCAACAAGAAGGCGAAGCGCUCCGACAUUUUGCUGCUGUACGCCCCCAAGCUGAGAGCGGUGGACAACAGCGAGCACGAGAGCCUCAAGAAGUCUCUGGAGGAGGAGCAGUCCCGGAGGAGGAAGGCCGAGCUGGAAUCGGCUCAAUACAAACUCAAACUUCAGGUCAUCACCAACAAGUUUGGGCGAGCUCAGCAGGAGCUGCGGGAGAUGAAAGCUAGGAUGGUUCACGCAGGCGGGAGCUCGGCCGCCGCCGCCGCCUCCUCCUCCCCGCCUCGCUGCGCCGCCGGGUCCCGCUUGAUGGCGCCGUACAGCUUCUCCGACGCGGUGAUGGUGUCGGCCAACGGAGGCUGCCGGGUUCUGGCCCACAGCGAGUGGCUCCACUGUCUGGUGGCCUCGCAGCCUUCGGCUCACGCUGCGCUCCUGCCCGGCUACGGCGUGAAGAAGGUGAGCCUGGCCCACAUCAAGUCCAGCCAGUACGUCCCCAUCCACGCCGCUCAGAUCCGAGGUCUGUGCUUCAACCGUCAGAGCGCCGGACUGCUGCUGUCCGCCUCGCUGGACGGCACCCUCAAGCUCACGAGCCUGUCGGCCAACGCGGUGGUCCAGACGUACAAGGCGGACAAGCCGGUGUGGAGCUGCUGCUGGUGCGCGGACGACCCCAACUACGCCUACGCGGGGCUCAGCAACGGCUCGGUUCUGCUCUACGACGUCAGAGACACCAGCGCCCACGUGCGGGAGCUGCAGCCGCUGCGCUCCAGGGCCCCGGUGGCUUCGCUGUGCUACAUCCCACGCGCGGCGUCCAGCUCGUUCCCGUGCGGCGGACUGAUCGCCGGCACGCUGGAGGGCGGCUACUUCUGGGAGCGCGGCGGCGACGGCGCGUACGAGCCCCACGUCCUGCCGCUGGAGGCGGGAAGCUGCACCGACAUCCAGGUGGAGACGGAGAGCCGACACUGCCUGGUCACGUACCGAGCCGGCCGCGGGCACCCGACGGUGCGCUGCGUCCUGAUGGCGCUGACGCAGGCGCCGCAGCAGAGCUCCGGCGAGUCGCCCGCCGUCUCCUGUUUGGCCGUGCAGACCUUCAGCGCCGGCUCGUCCUGCAAACUCCUCACCAAGAACGCCAUCUUCGCCGGCCCGCACGGAUCCGGAGCCCUGGUGUGCGCCGGGGACGAGGCUUCUCAGUCCACGUUGGUGUGGGAGGCGUCCAGCGGCGCCCUCCUGCAGAAGCUUCCGGCCGACCUGCCCGUGCUGGACAUCUCGCCGUUCACGGUGAACGGCGAGCACUUCCUGGCCUCGCUGACAGAGAAGAUGCUGAAGCUCUACAAGUGGAAGUGAACGAGUGCAAAGACGCCAAAGCGGGCGCCGCCGGGCGGACGUUGUUACAUCACGUUUGGCGUUUCUUCUCCUGGCUUUUUGAGGACGCCACUGCACAUUUGGCGAUGAAAAUGUUGAACCUUUUAAUGGGAGGAAAGAAACUUUCAGGGUCUUUCAACAGAGUCCUCCGAUGUCGGAACGGCCUGGAACUCUGCACCAGCCUAAAGCGGUCUUCGGCGGUUCGUACGACGAGCCGCACCCACGCAAAACGUUUUUUUUUUUCUACGUUUACGUGCGAGCGAUGACGUUGAUUGUUUUAUACGUGUCAUUCCGUUGUUUCUUGAGCAGGUGAAUAAAAAGAAUUCUAUUUUCAGUUCGA